CCAUUUUUGCGGAACAAUAGGCGAGGUCACGAACCGCCAUAACAUGGUUGAAAAUAAACUUACAGCGUGUAAUUUAUUAAGAUGCCUUGUGUAAAUGAUAUUUUAUGGCCCCGAUUCUUCAUUUAUUCAAUAAACAAUUAACUUUUCAGUGAAAUCUAUAAUAUUUGUGAGUUAUUAUUCAGUUAUUGCCAUAACAAGUCGAUAAUUUUUUCGAAGACUAAAGAGUAAAGUGCUGUGGUAUCAGGACAAAAGAUGGGAAAGCUGUUGUCAAAGAUUUUUGGGAAUAGGGAGAUGAGAAUUCUCAUGCUGGGAUUGGAUGCUGCUGGAAAAACUACUGUUUUGUACAAGUUGAAGUUGGGCCAAUCUGUAACCACUAUACCUACUGUAGGAUUCAAUGUAGAAACUGUCACCUAUAAAAAUGUUAAAUUUAGUGUAUGGGAUGUAGGAGGACAAGAUAAGAUAAGACCAUUAUGGCGUCACUACUAUACCGGAACACAGGGACUUAUAUUUGUGGUAGAUUGUGCUGAUAGGGACCGAAUUGACGAGGCGAGACAAGAGCUUCAUAGAAUAAUCAAUGAUCGAGAAAUGAGGGAAUCUUUAAUUCUUAUAUUUGCCAAUAAACAAGAUUUACCAGAUGCCAUGAAACCCCACGAAAUUCAGGAGAAACUAGGAUUAACACGUAUACGAGAUCGAAAUUGGUACGUUCAACCAGCUUGUGCGACAACAGGAGAUGGACUUUACGAAGGCUUAACCUGGUUAACGUCAAACGUUAAAUCUUGAUCAUUCACAAUUUGUAAAUAGGAUAUAGUGUAUAUAUACAGUAAACUUUUAUACAUUCUUGACAGCGAGUAAGGUAAACGAAUGUUUGAUUGAUCUUUACAGAGCUUCAAAGAAUAGAAUUAAAUAAUAAAGAGGGAAAAACAAGCAGCAUAUUUAUAUCAACUUUGAAGGGGCAUUGGAUAGGCAGUAAAAGUGAAAGGAACGCCACUUCCUGCCACAUCUGAACUCCCGAAUGAUUGCUUCUUAACAGUAUGUGAUGGUGUUAAAGAACAUAAAUGAAUUUUAAAGAAAAUGGUGAUUUCUAUGGAUGCAUCACUUUAUUAAAAAGUCAACAGAUUUUAGAAUCUUGCCAUCAAACAAUGGAGACCAGAUUAGUGUGAUUGUACACUUAUGAGAAAAAGCAAACAAGCAUUCCAAUCAAGGUGUGUUUAUUGGCGUUCUGAUAUUUUAAUUGAGAUGCAGAAGAUAUUUCAUCAGAUGUUUCAAAUUGUUAUCAAUGGUUAAGCACUUUUAUCUUUGUAGGAAUAGUUCCCCAAAGCCUUUAAGCGCAUAGAAUGGUUCUAGCAUAGAAUGGUUUUCUUUAAGAAAUGCUUAGCCUUAUGACUGGUUCCCUUCACAGCCUCUCUGUGAUAUUGUUCUAUACUUGAAAAGACGAUCAUUGACAAUGUUCGAAAAUUUUGACAGUUUUUGCUGCGUUUUAUCAAGGUGAAUUUUUAGAUUUGUAUGGUUCAGUCAUGUAUGAAUUGGCACGGCUUAUUUGUACUUUUUCAUUUACAAAGAUCAUAUAGUCACAAGAUUGGUAGUUGCAUCUCUUCAUAAUGCAGCAAUGAAUUAUAGACUCAAACAAAAAGGACACCACCAUUUUCUUGUGAAUUGAGUGCCUAUACUUUGGAAAACAUGUAAAAUAGUAAAAAAAAAUACAUUUUUGUAGCUCGUAGCAGAAUAUACUGGUAAUUAGGUGGUUUUAUAAUAGAGGCAUUUUACAAUAUGUCUUCACUAUAAUUUUUUUUUAAACUGUUGUUGCUAAACCCUCAUACUCAAGUCAUAGACACAGAAAUAAAACAAAUUUUUUCCGGUAUAAUUUGUAAAAACAAAGAAAAAUCAAGGGCAUAUUUAGUUCCAUAUAUUCAUGAAUAUUUUUACAAGAAAUGAUGUUUCCAAUGAUGCUUAUAUUGAGAGAAAAGAAAAGAAAAGAAAGAAAAAAAACGCCAGAAAAUGUCAAAUUUUUUAUGAAACAAUUUUAAGUAGUAGUACAUUUCAUGUUCAAACAUACAUAGUGCUGACUAGUUGAAUGAAUAGACAGUACCCGCCCAUUGUGUAGUCAUGCUAGAAAAAGAAAAUCAUUUUUAGAUGAAAUAGUGAAACCUCAAAUAAUGGCAGUGUGUUUGUUAUGCUUGUUAGUAGAGCAAAUGAAUUUUUUAAAUAAUGAAAGAAUUUAAAUAUUUAAGACAAUGAUGAAGCAUUAUAAUUUAUUUUGUUCAAAUAUUGAUCCUGAAGAUUUAUUCAGUUUUUCAAAGAAAAAUGUUUGUAGAAAAUAAUAAGAUGUGAGACCAGUCUGGAAAUAGAACACUGUCAUUGGUUAAUUUCAAUUUUGAAUUUGUGAAUAGCUAAUUUUAUAUGAGUAUUUGGGACUGGUUUUCAAACUCUUUGUUUCUGUCGACUUUUGUUGCUUUUGUUUCAUGUGAGAUGCAUAUAUAGAUAUUGUAUGUAUGUUUUAUACUUACAAACAGAAAUUUCUGUUGCAUAUCAAAAAUGAUGUUAAGGUCAAUUUAGUAGUCAGAUCUUAAUCCUAUUUAUAGAAUUUUCUAUAUAUAGACUUUUUCCAAUUAUUUCACAAGGUGUUUUUAUUCUUGAAGAUUGGAAAAUCACUUUUCUUUACUUGAGAAUGUCUUUAAUUUUGAAUUAAUUAACGGAGGACUAUGUGUGUUGUUAUGAAUGUAUAUUUUAUGUAUAUAUAUAUAUAUAUGCUGAUGUAAUUAUUACUGUGUAUAUUGAAAGGAUCAUUUUAUUUAAUUUUAAUGUAUUUACUGUGUACGCCAAUGAUGCAUUUAUUGUAUGCACGCAUUCGUUAAUGUCUGUUUUUUUGUUAGAAGAAACCUGUUAAAUACUUCAUACAAUUUCACUUUUUAUUUUCUUAUUUCAUUUGUUUCGAUUUUUUUACCUGAUUGAAUUUAAUUUAGUGUGCAGUGAAAUAUUUAUACAUCUAAAUCAUUCAACAAUUAAGCUAUAAAUAUCCUUGGGGAAUUCCUUCCCAUAUAUUGUCACUUAUCAAACAUUACCUUGUGCAUUUUCACUCUGUCUUACUAACUUCAUGAAAAAGAAUGUUAAGGUAAAAUUAAUUUUGCAUUGAAAACAUACAAAAUAGAUUUUCCAUAAAUGGAGUUAAAUAUGAGGAGUUCAUAAGAAAAUCAAAGGUAUUGUAGGCUAAUUAGAGUAAUAAAGGCAUAAAAAGUUAUUUUGGAAAAAAAUUGAAAAGACUUUGAAAGGCUAAUGCAGUAUUUGACCAGAUAAAUAUUCUAUAUUAUAAUGCAUUAUUUGUUUAAAGACAAUUAAGUUUGGAUGGAUUUUGUAUUUUCAUAAAUACUUGGUACUGAAUAGCUUAAAGACUGCAUCAUUUAAUAUAUAACAUGUUAUAUUUUCAAUUACCACCAUGUGCUGUUGUCACAGUACAUUAAUUAAAGACAACAAUAUAUCUAUUUCCAUAUAUUAGUUAAAUUAUUCGAGUUAGAAUAAAUACAGCUACACAUAGUAUGAUGCUUUAUCAGUUGAAAUAACACAGUCAGUACCUGUGUUAAAGUUCACUUAUAUUACAUAUACUUUUCUUAACAGCUUUUAUUUCAUACCAGUAGCUCGCUUAAGUAUAUAUAUUGAUAUAAUUGCAAAAUUUGGUGAAUAUGGUGAUAAUGUAUAACUUGUUUGCCCUCAACUUGUUGCAUUUAUUAACUGAACUUGUUCAGCUUUCAAUUGUAAAAACGGUCCAGUAUCAAUUUUCUGGAUAUCAAUAUGAAUGAUAAAGGGGCCUUCAGCUUUUAUUUUUUGUUGGAAUAAAACAAUUCUAUGUUGUUUUAAACUAAGUAUUUUAAUAAUUUUAUCUUGGAAAAAGUGCAUCAUAUCAUUGUGUCUCUUUUAAGCCUUCUUCAAAACAGCGUAUUGAGAGCUAUCUAUAACACGUCAGUGACUUCGUUUCUUAAAAAAGAAGAUCGUGUCACUUUACUGAUUACAUAUCGAGAGCAGAGUUCAUUUUCCACCUGAAUUCUUUUGAUUUGACAAUUUAUAUAAUUAUUUAUCUAAAAAUAAAAUAUUUAGCCUAUAGAAAAGCUGAAGGCGGCUUAAAAGUAAGUCAGCCAACAGUAAGGAGCCUGGUAAGACUGCCUGUUCGGGUUUGUCUUUGGUGGGUAUAUACUGGUUGCAAAGGCUUAUCACUUGAGGUUGCAGCGGGGUGAGGGCUAAUAAGCUACAUGAAAAAUAAUCUGGUACAAUUUCGUAAAUUUGCACACCUUGUACCUAGCAAUAAAUAAAGGCACAGCAUUUAUCAUGGCCUAUGAGGAGGGGGAGGGGCCUUUGAUUGUAUUUAUAGAAGUCACAAUACUAUAUCAUAAUAAAGAAAUGCAUAUACAAGCACUGUUGAGUGACAGAAAUAAGUAAAUUACAUGCAGUUUUAUACCAGUUUUUCAUUAGAAUAUAACUUAAAAGUUUCUACUGUAUGAAAAAAAGGGAGGGUCAGUCACAUUUUGGUUUUCUCCAUAAACUUCAAGUUUGGAUUAAAAAUUUGUGAGAAGUUAGCUGAUAAGCAGUCAUAGGUAAUUUGACAGCAUUUUGAUUUAUCAUUGUCAAAUAAAGUGGCUGUUAAUUUAUGCAGUAGUCGACAGAUUUUAUUGGCAACUUGGGGCUUACGGAGAGAGUUUCCAUCUUAAAAUGUAGCAUUUUAUAAAUUAAGUUUGAGGAUAUUGUCUAUUAUAUAGACCCUCAUUUAGGUGAACUUAAAUGUAACUUAAAUGUUAAACUAUAGAAUGGUGACUUAAUAAUUACUAUAAGGUGAAGGCCUCUAUGCUUCUAGCUAAUUAAAGGUUAUUGGAUUAAAUGUUAUUGUACAAUAAUUAAUUGUGACUAAAAGUCAUUGAUAAGGUCUAGAAUUUUUUUUUUCUUUCAUGCUUCUGAAGUAUUUCAUGAUGUCUGUAAAAUUUGCAGGUAAAUUUGUUUUCGAAUGUGUUAAAACUGAUUGUUGCCUUGAUGUAAAUUUUGUUUUUUUAUUGAUAAUUUUUCAUCAAUUUUAGUACAUUGUGUAGAUUUAAAAUUUUUGCUUAAACUUUAGUGCAAAUUGUCAUAUAAUGCGAAAUGUUAUUGCGUUUUUUACAUUUGUUUAUCGUGAAAGGUGUUCUGUAAUUUUGUGAUGUUAGAUGAUGUCAUAAGUUUCUUCAAUUGUUACAUUACAUUGAUGACUAGGAGCUUAAUAAAAUGAAUAAAAAUAAGACAAAAUGCAUGUUAAUGACAAAAUAAGUAUUUUAUUUGAUGAAAAUUUUCAUACAGUAUGUUUGUAGUUUGCUGUUUUAUGAAACAAGACAAAAAAUAUGAAUGAAAUUGUUGCAUUUAACAAAUUUUCUUUUUAUUUGGUAUUUUUAAUGCUUACUAAAAAAUACUUUUUUUAAAUAACAAUGCUAUUGGUUUUUGUUCAUUGUCUGUAAACAGGUCUUUUUCAUAUGUUGCGAAAUAAUAGGUUUUCAAUAUAAUUUCAAACUUUUAGUACAUUAUUCCCAGUUUAUCAGUAUUGUAUAUGAAAUGGAAUAAAGACUUUAUUUGUUAGGUUAAACAUUUAUUUGUUUUCAGUAAUGUGCAUUUGUGUGAGAAUAAGAAAUAUUUUUGACCGAUUAUAUGAAAGUAAUCGACAGAUUUAUGCUCACUGUUUUUCUUUACUUUUAUUGACAUGUUCAUAAUAGUAAUACCUCAUUUUCUUGCUGUAUAUGUUAUGAGGGGAGUGUAGUAAUUUAUAUAAUACAUUUCUACAUAGUGAUUUACAUAACUCCAUUUCCUUUACACCAAAGGGAGGCAAAUUCAUUAUUGCAUUGAUUUGUCCAUCCCAGUUUUUCUUGUGAAGACUUUCUAUCUGAUAAAACAAUACAUGUAUGUAGAUUUGGAUGAAAUUUUAAUGAAUUUGAGAAUAUGAAUUUUUUUGUGCAGGUUUUUUUUUUUUUGUUUUUUUUUUAUUUCUGGCAUACAAUGCCUUUUAUAAAGGGAAAUUUUCUUCUCCACAUCUAUAACAAAACAGUAACGUUGUGGUAAAAACCAUGUCACUUAUAUUUACAUGUCAAGCACAUGUAAGUGUUAAUUCUAGAAAAUACGAUUGUUAACUCUAGUUACAAUGUAUCGCCUGAUUUCCAAGAACAAGAGUGCAAAAAACAUUCUUGAUGAACACAUAAACAAUUAUAAAAUUAAACCAACAACCUUAUCAUUAUCAAAAUAUAAUGCCUUUCCUUCCCUAAUAUAGCUUUCAGUUAUUUUAUUUAUAGUGUUUACUGGUAAAUAUAGUGUUUACUGGUAAAUAUAGUGUUUACUGGUAAACUGUAGGAGCUUCAUUGUACGGUAACAUACAGAUGUUUGCUUAGUGUUAGCUCAAUGAAUAGCAUUAUUAUAUUAGUUCUUCCAGCUGAAAAAUUACAACAAAAACAACAUCCUAGCUUGUUACUCUUUAAGAGAAAAACGUAGACUUAAUGGUAUAAAUACAUUUUUCUCUUAAAUCAUUGAUCUGGUUAGAAUACUAUGAUUAUUCACCUUUUUUAUGAAAAUGUUUCCUAAUUUUUUUAUUAUUAUUUUUAAAUUUAAUUUACAUGUAAUUACUUCUUGCAUCCCUGGGCUUAUUCCUUCAGUUUUGAUAACUGUUUCUUAUUCUGAAGCCUGUUGACUGCUGGUGAAAAUACCCAUGCAACUAGUACAAACCAAAGUCAGCCAGCUUUUCUGUGCCAUCUAAUGGUGUCACCACUAAUCACAUGUCGCCAUUUAGUCAGUACUUAUUUCUGAAAUUUCCCCCUAAAAUGCUGGAUGGUUUUGCCCAGAAUAAAAGAUGGACUAGUCCACUUAAGAUAUAUAUCGUGGUUAGGCUUCGCACUUCUCAACAAAAGUGUUUCGAUGUUUGCUCCUUAAGAAAAUGAGAAUAAGGAAUGCCUUUUGAAAAUCGUAAAAAAAAUAAUGAAAUAAUUGAUUAUUUUGCAUGUUCUAUAAUGUUUGAUUGUUAUAAACUGUUCAUUUAUGUCAAAUCAGUAACAUUUAUUUAUUUAACUCAUUUAAUCAGUUUAUAAAUUGGAUAAAGAAGGUACAUGUAUGCGUUAUAAUGUAUGUUUUCUUAGAGCUAUUUUUUAAACUUCAUUUUUUUUUUCUCUGCAGUUUUGUUCACAGUGAUAUUUUGCUGAUUUUCUCCCCACAAGGACUUUCUUCUUACCUUUUUGUAUGUUAAUGAUAUUUUUUUCUUGUUUUUAGAAAACUGGUGCAAAAAAAGAAUUGUCAUGUAAAAUUGUACCAUCAUUACAAACUGUACUCUUCUAUUGUUAAUAUAUGCAAAUAAAGAACCAGAUAUAAA